GAAAGCUUCAGACUGCACUGCGUUGACAGAAACGAAAAGAACAUAACGGAAUGGCUUUAUUUCCCAUACUAACUCUACUUUAUUUAGUGAAGGCGGUAUGUCCAGGUAUGUAACGUGUACAUAAUACGUUUGUGUAAUUGAUUAGCGGCGAUUUGCAGAUAUGCUUGAAGAUCAAGCUAAUUUAGAAAAGGCAUGAGAUUGGUUAACAUGUAGGCCUACUUUCUUUCACAGUCUUGCCUUUUAAAUAAUGUCUUAACCACACUUGCAUGCAAAACACGAAAAUCGCCAGCCUCGUCGCUUCGCCGUUCUGGGAUAUUUAAUUGAAUCCUCAGCAGCCUGCCCAGUGGUACAUGUUGUUUGAAGUAGACCACGAUAGUUACAGUAUGGUACUGUCAGUACCCACAGCAGGUAUUAAUGCACUGUGUGUUGGUAGCCUUGUCAGUUCCUAGGUCAAGAUAAUGUUCUCUGUGCUUCUGUGAAUUUCCUUUCUUUGUGGAUCUUAACACUUAUGAUUUGAAGGCUUUUUUCCAGGUGGUCAAAACCCCCCUCAUAAAGCAAAUGACAACAUGCAAAAACGUAAUGAUUUACGUAACCUAUAAUCUAUACAGCGUAUAAUGUUUAUAAUACAUGUUAACUGUCCGGUUAGUCUAUACAAAAAUAUUGUUUAUUAUUUCAUUUCAAAUCCAAUAUGCUGGAGUACAGAGACAAAACAACAGAUAUUGUGGAGGCCUACUUAUAGACUGCACUGCACCCUCAUCUACAUGACAUUACAUUAAUGGCAUUUGGCAGACGUUCUUAUCCAGAGCGACAUACAACAAAGUGCAAAGUGCAUACCCAUAACCAGGGAUAAGUGCGCUGAAAGACCCUAGAGGGAAGCACAAUUUCAACUGCUAUCUGCACAACAAAUAUAAGGACUAUUUGAUCUUUUUUUUUUUCCGUAAUACCGCAACACGCAAAUGUAUGAACAAACCCCUUACCUAGCCAAAGUAAACAUCCUGAUACACAAGUAAAUCACAGAAAGACAGCAGUUAAGGUUUACGGGGAAGUAGGGAGGGAUAGGGAGAGGUGCUGCUUGAAGAGGUGCGUCUUCAGUUUGUGCUUGAAGAUGGGAAGAGAUUCUACUGUUCUGACCUCAACGGGGAGUUCGUUCCACCACCGUGGAGCCAGAACAGACAGUAGUGGUGAGCGUGAGGUGGAAGUUUGGAGAGGGGCAGGUGCCAAGCAGCCUGUGGAGGCCGAACGAAGAGGUCUGGCAGGGGUGUAGGGUCUGAUGAUUUUUUGGAGGUUGAAGACCUGAUGAGCUGCUGCAUUCUGGAUAAGUUGGAGGGGUCUGAUGGCGGACGCUGGGAGGCCAGCCAAGAAGGAGUUGCAGUAGUCCAGGCAGGACAAAACCAUCGGUUGGACCAGGAGCUGAGUUGAAUAGGAGCCCCUUUCCAGAGAUGGUGCUUCUGGGCAUGGUGGAUGAUAUUUUGGUGGAGCAAUAUGACAGCGUUUCCAAGAAGAUGUCUCCACAGCAGGACUGGCAGAAGGAAGAGGACAGUGUGGCCUACGCAGAGAUGAAACGCAUUGGCAUCGCAGACAUCACUGAUAGCCUCAAAGCCAGACUUCAAUACAUGAGAGAGCAUUUUAAUCACAGUGUUACACUCCACACAUACCAGAGAUUCGCUGGGUGUGAGCUGGAUGAUGACGGCACUGAGAGAUUCAAAGCACAGGACGCCUACAAUGGGAAGGAUGUGCUCUCUUUCGAUACACAGGCUGCCACCUGGAGUACUCCUUUCCCAGAAAUGCAGAAGGACUCAUGGGUGGUGCAAACCUAUAAAGGCCUAAGUUAUCAUGUUUACCAAUCCUUGUGCGUACGCCUUUUGAAGAGCUUCCUUCAACAGGGAGGGAGUAUACUGAAACGACGAGUGAAACCCAAGAUUAGAGUUUUGCAGAAACAAGUUGGCAGUGCUGGUGCUGUAGAAGUAACCUGUCUGGCGACGGGAUUCUACCCUCGACACAUCGAGCUGACCUUGCAGAGGGAUAACCAGCCUGUUCAGGAGCAGGAGCUGAUCAGAGGCGAUAUUCUGCCAAAUUGUGACGGGACGUACCAACAGAGGAUGAGCCUGAGUGUCAGUGCUGAAGAGCUGAGAGUGGGACACCGCUACACCUGUGGUGUUAGACAUGUCAGCAUGGACAACAAGCUGGAUAUCUCCUGGGACCCCCCUCAGAAGCCAAGAAUUGGUCUGAUCUCAGGCACAGUGGUCACAGCUCUGAUCAUUGUCCUUUCCAUCAUCAUCAUCAUCCUCAUCCGGAAGAAGAGGAAGAACAAUGUGCGAGAAAAGCGCAGGUCUGAGAAAACUGAGGAAGAGAUUGAGGAAGAGAGUGCAAUCAAUGUGGACGGAUGUGAGGAGAUGGAAAAACAGGAAGACUGAAAGCAAGGUUGAAAAAUGGCCUGCAAGUGCUCAUGAACAAGAGAGGGUGUCCUACUUUUCAACCCCUUCACUUUUCAAAGCUUCUUUUUUGAGGACCUAUUACCCAGCAUUACUGUCGUAGCAUACAGUAUGUUUCACAUUUUUUCAUCUUUACAAGUGAAUGCAAACAAAAGACAUUUCAACUCCCUUUCACAUUUAACCAAACUUUCAGUACAUGCAGUGAGUUUUUGAGAACAGCAUUUGUGCUUUAACUCAACCAGCCUAUUAAGGAUUCCAACUACAAGUGUCAGAAAAGAUUAGUACAGUGGUGUGCAAAAAUGUGGGCACCCCUGGUUUAAAUGUUACAAUGAAUCUGCAAACCUGAAAUCUAAAUGGGACAGAGUUAAUCGAGACCUUUCUGCAAAUUUUAAAGCAAGAUUGCUUUUUAGGUUUAUCCUGUUUAUAAAUUAUAAAAAAGGAAAAGGGCCCUGUGUCAUUGUUUGAGAACACUUUUGGAUUAUUCUUUGUUACUUUUUAAAAAGAUAAUUACUAAGGGGGGCGGCACGGAUGGUGCGGUGGGUAGCACUGCUGCCUCACAGCAAGGAGGUCCUGGGUUCAAAUCCCAGUCGGCCGGGGCCUCUCUGUGCGGAGUUUGCAUGUUCUCCCCGUGUCUGCGUGGGUUUCCUCCGGGUACUCCGGUUUCCUCCCACAGUCCAAAGACAUGCAGGUUAGGCUGAUUGGAGAGUCUAAAUUGCCCGUAGGUAUGAGUGUGUGAGUGAAUGGUGUGUGUGCCCUGCGAUGGACUGGCGACCUGUCCAGGGUGUAUUCCUGCCUUUCGCCCAAUGUAUGCUGGGACAGGCUCCAGCCCCCUGAACAACAGGGUUGUUCAGGAUAAGCGGGUUAAGAUAAUGGAAUGGAAUAAUUACUAAGGCCCAGGUGAUUUACUCGAUAGGGCUUCAAUGAGUUAGGUAAUUAUCAUUCCAGGCUGAACUUUUUAUUCUGAAGUAACUCCAUGCCAAGUAUCCACCUGCAGUGACUGUUUUGUCUGGUGUUAACAACUGGCCCUGGCUCCCACUCUCCGCAUUUCCACUUCCCUGUCACAAAUCCUGUCUCUUCUGGCUCCACCGUUGAUGUAAUACCCAUUUCCUACCUUCCACUUCUUCUGUUGAAAACCACCAAAGAUGUGUUCUCUGUGCACUGGAGUUUGUUAUGAUUUUAUUUUUGAUAUAUAUAUAUAUAUUGCACUUAGUUUAACAACAUUUUCAAUUUUGUGUUUUGUCUUGUUUGGCAGAUUUCCUUUUUGUCAUUUUUCUGUAAUAUACCUUGACACGUUUCACCGUUGCAAAUAUUUUACAAAUCCGUUAAAAUUUAGAAACAAAGUGUUGAAACUGGUUCAGUUGUGUCCUUUAUUUCAAGAAAAUAGUUUUGCAACCUACAGAAACAGAGAAAGGAUUUGAGAUUAAACCUGUUAACCUGUUUCCAAGCACAAGCUUUAAAAUGGCAUACCCAAAAUAAAAUGGUUACUAUUCUUGAACACUUUUGCCUACAAGAGUUAGAAUUACUCAAAAUAUUACUAACAAAGUUUGAGAAACUCAAACACAGUGGGAGUGGAAGCUUUUUUUUCUCACUGAAAGGAUUUUCUGUUUUUGAUUGAUUGGAUACAGUGUACAACUGUGGCUGUGCCUGGUGUUGGUGAUGACAAUAUCACCAAAAAUAAGCAUUCUGCAUUGUUUUUUCUCGGCCGGUUUCCAUUUGGAUAUACAAAUCUACAAUACAAUAAAGCAUGCAAAAAUUGAA